AUGUGGAACUACUGCCGGGUAUCAUUCGGCAUAGCGAGUUGUCGAGUUCAUGGAGCUGGAGCAAAUAUGAACAAGACGGAUGAGAAGGAAAAAGCAGUGGAAUACGCCGCUUGGUCCAAGGAAGCGGGAGAUGCCAAAGGCGAAUUUCUUGAUGACGGUCGCAUGUGGCCUUACGUCGUACCUGUAGAGGCUUUUGGCGAGCAUAUUUUUGGGGAGUAUACGGAUAAACUGAGAGAAGGAGUUGUGGUUGAGUACCUGAUGCGAGAUUAUGAUGAUCUAAUGGAGAACAAUGUAAAGUGCAUGUGGUUGGCAAAAAUCAUCAAGAUUGCUGGAUAUCGUUUAUUACUGCGUUGGGUAGGUGCAGAUGAGGAAGGGGAUGAUAAGUUCGAUUUUUGGGUCAAUAUUGGAAGUCGCAUACUUCAUCCUGUUGGGUAGUG